UUAUUCUUGAGGUGAGAUGGUCCAUUCUAUUUUUCUUAUUUCUGCACUGGCUCAUAACAUAGUGACAGCCAAUGCAGGCUUUUCCAUUUUUGCCGAUUUUCAACUUCUUAGCGCCCUCUGCGGCUGGGCGGUCUAUCGGGUUCCAGAGGAAGAAGAGACUGCAAAGAUGAUGGCGGCGGCCGCCGGUGGGUUCAGAACUGUGGAACCUUCGGAGUAUUACAGAAGAUUUUUAAAAGAAAAUUGUCGGCCUGAUGGAAGGGACCUUGGUGAAUUCAGAACCACAACAGUCAAUAUAGGUUCGAUUACAACUGCAGAUGGGUCUGCCCUUGUGAAAUUAGGAAACACUACAGUGAUAUGUGGCAUAAAGGCGGAAUUUGCUGCACCCCCUGUUGAUUCCAGUCAUAAGGGAUAUAUUGUUCCUAAUGUGGAUCUUCCUCCACUCUGCUCAUCAAGGUUUCGACCUGGACCUCCAGGGGAAGAGGCUCAGGCAGCUAGUCAGUUUCUUGCAGAUGUGAUUGAAAAUUCGCAGGUAGUACUGAAAGAAGAUCUCUGCAUUGCAGAUGAGAAGGUAAGUCUUUACAAUAAGUUUAAACUGGGGAGUGUUUGUGAACCAGCCAGUUCAUAAUUUACAUGUAAAAGUUGAAGGUUGAAUACUAUCUUCUGUGAUCACAUACAUUAUGGAAAUAUGGAAAAGUUACUGUUUUUUUUACUUUUUAAUUUUAGUAACAGUAAAGUUUAAAAAAGAAGGAAGAAAAAAGAAGAUAAUAAAUAAUACAAGUAAAAAUUACAAAGAAAGACUCAGGGUUCUUAGCAAAUGUUACAUAGAAUGUUGAAUAUUAAAAAAAGUUACUGUAAGUCAGCAGUUACUGUCCUUUUUACUCAGUCACCUUUUUCUUUGUUUAGAACUUAGUUAAAAUUCAUAGCAGAUUCUUCCAAUCGCAAACAAUUUUCUCAAAAAAUCUACUCUCUUUUUAUCUAUAUUUUUCCACUGUUAUUAUUCCCAUUAAAAAGAAGUGGUGUGCAAUACCAUUUCCAUUUAUCAUUAAUUUCUUUGGCUGGUUAUCUUUCUACAGGGUUAGUUUUACCAUUACUACAUAGCCAACAAACUUAUUUUUCCAGUGUUCAAGAAUUAAAUUUCUUAUGCUUUGCAUUUUAAGGCAGUUUUAACUCUAGCCACAAUUAUCAUGUACUUACAUAGUGCUAUUCAUCUUAAUGCAACUUACUAUAUUAACAAAGCAUCAGUAGAAGUGUUGAUUUUUAACAGUAUUUUCAAGUAUUCCAUUCCAUUUCCAUAACUCUCAUUGCUAUAAUAGAAAAGUAUUAGUUUAAAUGUUAAUCCCUGACAAUAUUUUCAAAAAUUCACUGCAUUCAUAAGCAAUUUUUUCUAUUAUUCCUAUUAUAAAGUAAUUUGUGCAUAAUACACUUUCCACUUAUCAUUAAAUUCCUUGUUUGGUUUUCUACUUACAUAAUUAGUCAAUUUUGCCAUUAUUGCAUAGUCUGCUAAUAUAUUUUUCCAGUCCUCAAUAGUUGGGUUAUCUUCCGCUUUCCAUUUUGAAGCAAUUAUGACUCUUGUUGCAGUUAUCAUUUAUUUGUAUAACUCUACCAUAUUUCUUGGCAGAGUUUCUGGUACAGUGCUGAGCAACGUAGUCUCAGCGGCCAUGGGAAAAUUAAUUGUCAAAAUUUUCUGUAUUUCCAUAUGUAUGGAGAUACAUUUCAUACUUUCCAAAAUGUUUUGAUUUUAUCACAUGACCACCACAUAUGGUAAAAAGUUAUAUCUAUUUGUUUACAUUUCCAGUACUUUCAGAGUAGUUCUUAUCCAUUGUCUCUAUAUCUUUUGGAGUAAUAGACCACCGGAAAAACAUCUUAUACCAGUUUUCUCUCAGUGCUUGAUUGUCUGUAAGUUUUAUAUCCAUCCAUAAAAACUUCCCAUUGAUCAAUCAGCAUUUUUUCCUGAAAAUUCUGCAUUGAAUUUAUCAUGCCUAUUUUUUUUACUUUCUUAGUCUUGGUAUCAAAUUGAAGUAGUUGCUUGUAGAUUCGUCCUACUAAGUGAUCUUGUUGCUAUGUAAUCAGAUUUUCAAAGUCCAUCAGAUCUCUUGGAGUAUCUCCUUGUUUGAAUUUCUCUCUUCAAUCUUGAUAUCAAUUGGUGGUAAAGAAGCCGUUUCAUUUUUUUCCCUUCAUCUUUUAUUUCUUGCCAUGACUUAAUUCUUCCAAGUUGGUCAAUCAUGUCUCCAUAUGUUAUGAAAUCAUUACAUUAAAAAUACUUAUCAUAAUAUGCUUCAAUUGGAGAUAUCCGAGAAGAAAUUGGAGGACUAAUUUUUCUUCUAAAGGAAUAUGGAAUUUUCAAAAAGUCACUAAUAGUGUUGUGGUAUUUUACCCUAGUCUUAGUAUUAGAUAGGAAAGCCUGUGCUAUGCAGGAGUUUUAAUGUGGCUGUAUACCAGGGAAACAGUGUGUUGAUCCUGGAUUGUUUUUAAUAAACAUACCAUGAUGGAGAAACUUAGUUUACUUAAAACAGUACAAAUUAUCCCUUACUUCUAGACUCCCCCUUUUGUAAUCUCUCAACAGAUGCCCUAUAAAGCUGGAUCAAGGCCAGCAGUAGACAAAUAAAUAAAUGGGUAAAUGGUGAAGUACUGACGUAUCAAUCCAGUAAGUGAGCAAUUUAAGGCAGGUGUAGUCAGGAAACAGGUAGAUGAGAGGCACAGUGUUACCAAGCAAAAGUGUAAAUUCCAAAACUAAGGUCUGAGCUACAUCAAGGUCAUCACUGGUGACUGGCUAGACA